AUGGCGCCUGGAGCAGGUGCUGUUGGGAAGCUGUCCUGUCAAACCCCGGGCAAGGGGCGCGCCCUGGCACGUGGGGCCCGCCGAGGUCCGCCGGCCGGGAGGGGGCGCAGGAGCACAGCCUUAGAAGGGGGCGGCAACUGCGGCCGGAAGUCCCUCCCCGGCACACCGGAAGGAGGCGGCUGCGGAAGGGGAAGAAGUACCCGUGCGGUGUGGUCCUGUCGCGCUUGGGUUCCGGCCUCAGACCCCGACCCGACCCGCUGUCGCCCCGGCCUCGGCCCCACCUGGGCUCGCAAACUGGCCUCGCCAUCCCACCACCGCAACUCGGUCCCCGCCGCGUCCGACGGCUGGGAGACGGGCGGCCCCGUGCGGCUGCUGCAGGCGGUGGACACGGAGUACACGGCGGACUCGGUGGAGUGGUGCCCGCUGGAAGGCUGGCGGCACGUGCUGGCCUGCGGCACCUACCAGCUGCGGGAGCCGGAGGACGAGAGCGAACAGGACGUUCCCGAGCCUCAGGCCCGGGCAGGCCGUCUCUACCUGUACAGCUGCAGUGACCCCUCGGCGUGCUCUGUGGCUGAGAUGCAAAGAAGAGACACGGCUGCCAUCCUGGACAUGAAAUGGUGCCACGUCCCGGUGGCCGGCCACGCCCUCUUGGCUGUGGCCGACUCGGAUGGGCUCAUAGGGCUGUUCCAGCUGCUGGGAUCCAAGGUGUGUCUCCCAGCGAGUGCAGACGUUCACCUGGGAGUGGAGGGCGAGAGGGAGUGGCGGCCAACAGAGCUGGAGGCUGGCCUCCAGGGUCCCGGGCCGCCCUUGAGGUGGUCUCUCCCCCUGGAGACCACCUACACCCUGCAGCCGUUUGCCAGCUUUGCCCUGAGCAGGCAGUGUCUGGCCUUGUCCCUGGAUUGGUCCACGGGGAAGGCGGGAAGGGACAGUGACCAGCCCUUAAAAAUCAUCAGCAGCGACUCCAAGGGCCAGCUGCACCUGCUCCAGCUGGACGAGGUGGGGUCCGGGCUGCACGAGGUGGCCACCUGGCAGGCGCACCAGUUCGAGGCCUGGAUCGCGGCUUUCAAUUACUGGCAGACGGAUGUGGUGUACUCAGGUGGGGACGAUGCCUUGCUGAAAGGCUGGGACACCAGGGUCCCUGGCGCACCUGUGUUCACCAGCAAGAGACAUGGCAUGGGGGUGUGCAGCAUCCAGAGCAACCCCCACCAGGAGGGCAUCCUGGCCACGGGGAGCUAUGACGAGCACGUGCUGCUGUGGGACACGCGGAACAUGAAGCAGCCGUUCGCAGACGUGCCCGUGCAGGGCGGGGUGUGGAGGCUCCGGUGGCACCCCCUGCAAGGCCACCUGCUCCUGGCGGCCUGCAUGCAUGGCGGCUUCAGCAUCAUCGACUGCCAGCAGGCCACGGAGAAGAAGCAGGACACGUGCACGAUCUCUGUGUCCCACUCGCUGCCCAGAUCCCUGCUGUACGGAGCCGACUGGUCCUGGCUCACCUUCUGCCAUCUGCCUGAGGAGCAGCCAUCAUCCCACUUAGAGUCCUUAUCCGGCAGUGACCUAGGAGCCGGAACAGACUUAGGAGCCAGAGCAGAAGACGAGGUUGGAGGCCAGUUGCCAGGACCUCCCUGUCCUGGUAGUCCAGCAGACGACGGGAGUGGAGAUGAGGAAAGGACUUCUCCCCAGCCGUCCACAGAGGACGUGAGGGGCAGCAGCCAGCUGCACAGCCCAAGGACCAAGAUCUGUGUCUAUGACCCAAGCAUGGGAACAGCCGACCUCAACAUCAACCUGCUGGCCACUUGCUCCUUCUACGACCACGUUCUUCACCUCUGGAGGUGGGAGAGCAGCUGAGACAGGGAGCGGUUCCGGCUCGGGAUCACAAGACCAGGACCUGCUGGCCAGGACCUUCACGAACGAGCUGCCUCAGACCCUCACUGGGUUUGCUGGUCUCUGGGGCUAGUGUAGGGCUGCAUCGCGGGGAAUCUGCAGUGUGGACAGUCAGGAGCUGUGGGCUUCUCAGUCACCCUUACCUGCGGGGUCUUUCCCACAGUGACUCUGGCCCUGACUGGUGUGGUUAGUGGGUAGAGCGCCCGCCUGCAGACUGAAGGGUCUUGGGUUCGAUUCUGGUCAAGGGCACAUGCUUGGGUUGUGGGCUCGAUCCUCAGUGGGGGGGCAUGCAGGAGGCAGCUGAUCCAUGAUUCUCUCUCAUCAUUGAUGUUGUUCUCUCCCCCUCUCCCUCUGAAAUCAAUUUAAAAAAAUACACAAAAUACUGAGAA